AUGAUAAUAUGUUUUGUUUUUGUGAUAGUCGGUCUUGCAAUGGUCAGCAUGUGUAUCAAUGUUAUACAAACAGCACUAGAAGAUUUUUACAUCAAUGUUUUUAUGAAAUUAUUUCUCGAAUAUCAAUCUAAAUUAGAUCAAGGAAAUGAUGCAGUUGGAGCAUCUACGGGUGUAAUGCAAAUGUGGGGUAAUAACAAGAAAGCUAAAUAUCUGAUGUCAUUUCUUAGCAAGAAUAGACGAGCAUCGGUAUUGACGAAGGUGCAAAAAGAUGCCGAAGCGCGUGGAAUUGAAAUUCCGCCAAUCUUCUCAGAUAUUGACGAAGAAUCCGGCAUGCCGAAGUUAUUUUCUAAAGAAGUAGAUGAAGAAACGGUAGCAGUUGCUGUGGAAGAAGAAAUUCAAAAACGUAUUCAUGAUAAAGAACUUAAUGCGCUAAUUCAAUCGCCAACUGAAUUAACACUUCCAAAGACUGUUUACUAUGAUAUGGGUGUACAAACUUGCGUUUUAUCAGUCGACGAUAAAGGAGAGCAAACAUUAAUGGUGACACUAAUGGAUACGGCUAUCAUAACCGAUCCUUUAAUGAAUGAAAUGGUUGAAGAUGCUGUACAAUGUUCUGCUCCGGUUAUGGUUCAUAAUAUCGUGCAGACCGAAGUGAUCGAAUUGAAAGAUAAUGAAUGUAUUACGAUCAUUCCCGAAUAUACGGUACGUGAUGUGCAAACAGAUGAGAUAAGAUUAAUUGAGCAGGAAAUUCAAACUCAUUUAUACGAUGUGUUAGAAGCUAUCAUUCAAACUGAUGAUGAUGAAUUUGUUCAGAAACCAUUUGUAGAAAUGAUAGAAAGUCAAAUGCAAACUGAUCCAAUAAUUCGCAUACGACGACGAGAAACUGGAUUAGGAAUUUCACGAGUGAGGGAACGAUCAUUGCAAGAACCAUUGAAAAUAAGACGACAAUCAACCUAUCAAUCGGUAUCUGAAUGCGCAGAUUUGGAUGUGGAUGAAGAAAUUACAGAUGAAGAUAGCAAUCUUGAUUGGGAUCCAAUUGAUGGUAUGCAUGCGGAAAAACAACGUCGAGUUCGAGAUUUAAAGCAAUUUUUUGAAACGAAUGAAAGAAGGAGCUCAAUCAAACGAAAUUCACAAUUGUGA